AUGACGCUCGUUCACAUAGUCCUGUUCAAGUUUCGCGUGGAUGUUGGAGAGAAAGUCCGACAGGAAUUCCUCUCACAAAUCAAAACCCUCAAGACUUUGCCUUGCGUCAAGAGACAAAGACUCGUUGUCGGGGGACCCUCUAUUACUACCCCGAUCGAAAAGAGCAAGGGCUUUCAGUAUGCUCUGGUGAGCUAUCACGAGGACCGGGCAGCUUUGGCCGAGUACCAGGCGAGCAGUGAGCAUGAGAGAGUGACAAGUACCUACUUCAUCCCUUACAAGGAGGAUCUGGUUCGGUUUGACUUCGAGACUGAUCAAGAGGACGAGGCGCUGCUUGGAUUUUGA